UCACCGCCAUUUUGCAUCAGGGCUGUAGACGGGAGUGAGAGCGCAGAAACGGCGGGGAUCUGGCCACUUUAUUUCUCUCUCAACACGUUUCCCUUUGGAUUUAUUCCAACCUAACCCGAGAUAAAAACUGACAGAUUUACGGAGACAUGGCCUCGGAGCAUAUAAAUGGGAACGGUACGGAUGAAUCAGUGGAGUCUUCACCAGCUCCCGCCCAUUCAGAGCAUUUCCAGCUGUUAUUAGACGCAGGCUUACCGAGAAAAGUCGCUGUCAAACUAGAUGAAAUUUACAUGGCAGGUUUGGUGUCACACAGCGAUCUGGACGAUCGGGCGAUUGAAGCUCUGAAAGAGUUUAAUGAAGAAGGCGCGCUGCAGGUUCUCCUGCAGUUUAAAGACAGCGACCUGUCACAUGUUCAAAAUAAAAGUGCCUUUCUGUGUGGAGUGAUGAAGACAUACAGACAGAGAGAGAAACAGGGCACCAAAGUGUCUGAUUCCAGUAAAGGACCCGAUGAGGCCAAAAUCAAAGAGUUGCUUGAGAGGACGGGUUAUACGCUGGAUGUGACGACAGGUCAGCGGAAGUAUGGCGGACCGCCUCCAGGAUCCACACACGCUGGAGUUCAGCCCACUGUCGGCACAGAGAUAUUUGUAGGAAAGAUCCCGAGAGAUCUCUUUGAAGACGAGCUGGUUCCUCUCUUUGAGAAAGCCGGACCCAUCUGGGACCUGCGUCUGAUGAUGGACCCCCUCAGCGGGCUGAACCGAGGAUACGCUUUUGUCACAUUUUGCACUAAAGAAGCAGCGCAGGAGGCCGUCAAACUCUGCAACAACAACGAGAUUCGGCCCGGUAAACACAUUGGUGUUUGCAUCUCUGUUGCCAAUAAUCGUCUGUUUGUGGGUUCCAUUCCCAAGAGCAAAACUAAAGAGCAGAUAGUGGAAGAGUUUGCCAAAGUUACCGAGGGUUUGAAUGAUGUCAUCCUGUAUCAUCAGCCCGAUGACAAGAAGAAGAAUCGAGGCUUCUGUUUCUUAGAGUAUGAAGAUCACAAAACAGCCGCCCAGGCACGCCGACGCUUAAUGAGCGGCAAGGUGAAGGUCUGGGGGAAUGUGGUGACCGUAGAGUGGGCCGACCCCAUCGAAGACCCUGACCCUGAGGUCAUGGCAAAGGUCAAAGUCCUUUUUGUAAGAAACCUGGCGAGCACAGUAUCAGAAGAACAUCUGGAGAAAACGUUCUGUCCGUUUGGCAAACUGGAGAGGGUUAAGAAGCUCAAGGAUUACGCCUUUAUUCAUUUCGAGGAGCGUGACGGUGCGGUUAAGGCUUUAGCUGAAAUGCACGGGAAGGAUCUGGAAGGGGAACAAAUCGAAAUCGUCUUUGCUAAGCCGCCUGAUCAGAAGAGGAAAGAACGGAAGGCCCAGAGACAAGCUGCUAAAACUCAAAUGUAUGAUGAUUAUUAUUAUUACGGGCCGCCACAAGUGCACCCUUCAUCACGAGGCAGAGGACGAGGUGUGAGAGCAGCUUAUUCCUACCCUCACGACUAUUACAGCUACAGGGAUUAUUACGACUACUACGGCUACGACUAUCACAACUACAGAGGAGGCUACGACGAUCCGUACUACGGCUAUGAAGACUUUCAAGCUCACUUUAGAGGAACGGGCAGCAGAGGAGCUCGCGGGCCCACACUGUCUAGGGGCCGGGGCUCCGGCAUGGCAAGGGGACGGGCCGGAUACUCUCAGCGCGGAGGUGUGGCAUCCGGACGAGGUGGGCGUGGCUCUAGAGGUGGCAUCCAGCAGCGAUGUCGAGUGGCACCGUGUGGGCGAAACGGACCAAAGGUUUGCACUUUUCCUUCAUUUGUCACAGUCUCAUAAAUUUUGUCCUGCCUGACUGACUGAAUAAGACUCUAAGACAAAAUAGUCAUUUGUACUGUGAAUCUUAGAAAUCUUGAGACUUUUGACAAUGAAUUGAUUCACGUGCUUGCUUUGUUUUAAAGGCUGUUUGAAUCGCUUUAAAUUGAUUUAUGGAAGUUAAUGUCAUCUGGAGUGCCUGUUCACUCCAGAUGAAAACUAAUCUCACUCCUGUACAGUAGAGGGAGCUGAUGGACCAGAAGCUCCUCUGUGAACAUCACCUGUCACAUACAUCAGUAACACAGAACUUGAGAUUAAAGGAAUAGCUCACACUUCAUGCUCAUGUCAUCUCAGAUGUAUAUUGAAAUUUUUGUAGACAUUUAGACCGUGGUUUCUAUAUGGGAUCCAAAAAGCAUAAACAUCCAUCACAGAUUAAAAAACAAUUCUUUCCUGAAGGUUUUGAUUAGCUUCAGAAGACAUUUAUUAAGACACCGAGUCAAUUGGAUUAUGGUAUUGAGAAAACAUGAAACUCAUUGAUGAUGUGAUGGCAUUUUAAAAUAAUCUGAAUUUUAAUAUUUGAGUGAACUGCUCAAUGUCAAUAACACAAUCAAAGUAACAUGAUCAAUUAAUCAAAUUGCUUAUUCUAAUUCCAAGUAGGGCUGUCACGAUUAUGAAAUUUGGCUGAUGAUUA